CACCAAACCUGAUCUUAAAGGCCAGCAAGAAGCCCGCGUGAGCUCUUGGCUGUGGGCCUUUCGGCGCGUGCGCACCGCAGGAUUGCAGGAAUCCAUUGGCUUUUCCGACUUGAGAAAAGCACUUUCGUCACAUUUUGUUCUCGCUCUUGGAGGCCUUAAUAGUCUCCAAGAUUUAACAGAAGCGUCAGCAGCCGUUUCCAGCCCCUCUUGGAUACUAGAAGCUUCGAAUCUGCCUUUCUUUUUUUCCGUUUAAUCUUCGUCAGGCUCAAUAGAACGCCUGCAACCAAGCCAUUCAGGCCCUGGCGGCUCAUUCAGCGCGGUGCCUUGUGGGUACUGUAGUUUCCACCGCGUUGAUGGUUACUGUAAGCAUGCGUGGUGUGGUGAGUGUUGAAUUAAGUGAACUUCGUUCGUCGGCCAUUCGUACAGUUAAGUCUUAGCUCUUUCUGGACCUCGCUUUCUUCCCUGUGAUGUUUAUGACGCGUCCCCCCUGUUCCCUCUUCUCUGAGGCGUUUUAGGGCCUGGAGAAAGUGUAAAGAGCAAGGGACCCUGGACUGGAUUUUCUUGCUACCGAUUCGAAAACUGGAAUGUAACAGGCGCCUCAGGAUUCCCGUUCCGUCUUCUGGUUUAGGGAUUGCUACUGGUGUUAGACAUCCCUGGAUCAUUGUUUAAUGGAGAGAACUUGUGUGUUUUCCUUGCCAUUAAAUCACUCCUAAAGCAUAAUCUUAAUUUGUUUGUAAGGGAGAAACAAACAAAAAACUCCUUUUCAAGAAUUGUGCUUAAACCGCCAAUCUCCUAAUUUUUCAUAGCGGAGUGGAACUCAUUCAACUCACUGCAGAAUGACCUUCUAUUUGCCUGGCUUUCGGAGCUUUCCGAAACUUUGGAAGAGCACCCCUUACUUUGAGCUGGGCCCCGCGACCUCUCCUGUCUCUCUCUUUCUCGCGGUUACCGGGAACCAGCACAGAUGGUUUUCUGUUAAAAGCACGUCCCUUCCGAAUGGCAAAGCACUAAGACUGCUGGUUGCCAAGGCUAGAACACUCAAGAAAGGAAAUGACAGCAAUAGUCAAGUUUCUCCUGAUCAUUAUUUUGCCGCGGGAGCCGCUAAGAAGAGGUCACAGGUCCAUAGCAACCCUCAGCAUAGAGAUCAUGCCUUGCCACGUGUGAGCGCUCUCCAACUUCCAACUAAACCCUUGAAUUCCGAAGAGUGGGAUAAACUUAAAGAAGAUUUCAAUGGGAAGGCCAGUUUUGAAGACUGGGUCAUUUCCCAGAUGGUGCACCACUGUAGCUCUAUAGAUGUAGCAAAGUCUCUCCUGGCAUGGGUAGCCACAAAGAACAACGGCAUUGUAGGGUAUAAUUUGCUGGUCAAGUAUUUAAGUCUCUGUGUCUCUCAUAAGCAGACAUCAGAAGUGAUUGAUGUCUAUGAAAUCAUGAAAGCCAAGUACAAGUGUUUAGAACCCGGGGCUAACACCCUUCUCAUCCGGGGACUGAUGCCCUCAGACAGAUGGAGAGAGGCCUUGCUGCUCUUAGAAGACAUUAAAAAAGUCAUGGUCCCUUCGAAAAGGAACUACAAUGACUGCAUACAGGGAGCCCUCCUCCAUCAGGAUGUGAACGUGGCUUGGAGUUUGUAUCAGGAGUUGGUAGGUCAUAAUCUCAUUCCUCUGCUGGAAACUUUAAAAGCCUUCUUUGAUUUUGGCAAAGACAUAAAUGAUGAUCACUAUUCGAACAAACUACUGGACAUUCUUUUGUAUCUAAGGAAUAAUCAGCUGUAUCCUGGAGAGUCAUUUGCACACAGUAUAAAAGCCUGGUUUGAAAGUAUUCCUGGAAGACAAUGGAAAGGACAAUUCACUACAAUCCAGAAAAGUGGCCAGUGUUCAAGCUGUGGUAGAAUCUUAGAGUCUAUUCAUCUGAGUCCAGAAGAAUAUGAAUUUCUCAAGGAAACAAUCAUGAGGGAUGUGAUAGAUGGUGGUGACCAGUACAAAAAGACAACGCCCCAGGAACUGAAGAGAUUUGAGAGAUUCGUAAACUCCUGUCCUCCUUUUGAUAUUGUUAUUGACGGCCUCAAUGUUGCAAAAAUGCUUCGUAAGAGUCGGGAAUCUCAAACUCUCCUGGCUGUAGUUUCCCAACUAGCCCAGCAGAAUCUGCAGUUGCUGGUCCUGGGCCGAAAGCACAUGCUCACAGCAAGCUCCAGGUGGAGAAGGGACGAGAUGGAGCAGGUGCAGAGGCAAGCCCACUGCUUUUUUGCUGAUAACAUCUCGGAGGACGAUCCGUUCCUGCUCUACGCCACCCUGAACUCAGGCAGUCACUGCAAGUUUAUCACCAAAGACCUGAUGCGGGACCACAAGGCCUGCCUGCCCGACGCGCGCGCCCAGCACCUCUUCUUCAAGUGGCAGCAGGGCCACCAGCUGGCAGUCAGGAAAGGCUUCAGAAGUUCACACCUGACUCUCCUGGACCCUCUCCGCUAUGACACAGUGGUGCAGACAACCGGAGACUCCUGGCACAUCCCGUAUGAUGAAGACCUGGUGCAGAGGUCCUCCUACGAAGUGCCCACCAAAUGGCUGUGCCUCCAGGGCAAGACGCAGGUGCCCGCCCCAUGCUGAAUCUGAACCCGACACCUGCCGGCGGCGGCGGCGGCGGAGAGCCUACACCCAUGCUCAUCUCAGGCCUGACCUCUGUCCUUCCUGAAAAUAAAAGAUUUUAGUAGCACUGUUUGGUUUGCAGCA